AAACGUUGUGAGCGCUGGCGAUAGCAAGUAUUGGUCAAAAGUUCGUUCAUAUUUGCAUUAAAAAUGGGUGAAACUACUUUAUCGACAGAUACAUCCUUCAACAAGGAACUAGAACCAGGCGUAAUUAGCAAUGAAAUGUUAACGAAAGCUAUUUUAGAGCAAGGCCAUAAAGGGGAAGCCGGUCGGCUAGCGCAGUUGAAUCAGCUGCACUUGGAAACAGUUACCGUGAUUCGUUUGGAGUUCCAAAAUAUACUUAAAAUUGAUCAUUUAUGGGUUAUGAAAAAUUUGGAAGUACUUUCGCUAUCGUUUAACAAAAUUGACAAGAUCGAAAAUCUUUCACGCUUGCCAAAGCUGAAGGAACUGAAUCUGUCCUUUAACUUUAUUGAAAAAAUGGAAAAUCUGGAAAAGUUGGAAAAUUUACGCAUACUGUCUCUGUAUGGCAAUCGUAUCACACGCGUGGAAAACGUCGAUAAGCUGGAGCGCUUGGUAAUACUGAGCGUGGGACGAAACAAUAUCAAUACCCUUGACGGGUUGGAACGGCUAAGGUUUUUAAAAGAUCUACGAUCGCUUAAUCUUGCCGAAAACCCAAUUGCUCAGGACCAGGAUAAGCCUUUACGAUUGUACCUAGCGACGUUGCUGCCUCACUUGAAAUACUAUGAGUACGUUUUGAUUCGUCCCGCGGAACGUGAUGCGGGAAAAGAUAAAUUUCAACGAGAGCUGAUCGAUAUUCUGGAGCAUGAACGAAUCGAAAUCAUCGAGCGCACCAAAGCGGCUAAAGAACGAGACGACGAAAUACGGCUAUCCAAAAGUUUUGUAGAACAUUUGAAUGGUCAUCAGCUGUUUGAGUCCCUGUUUCAAGGAGAUCCUGAAGGAGCCGCCCUAUUGAGCAUUGGGGCAGAAGCAGUAGAUCUCAAAAAUGACUAUCGAAAUGAAGCGUACUCGUUUACCCAAAACAUUUACAAGAUGGGUUUAGAGCAGCAGGAAAAGCGUCAAGCAGAAAUCGAGCUCUACAGUCGAUGCAUCCGUGAUGAGCGUAAAAAAGCGCAGUUGCAAGGUCAAACCAUUAUCAAGAAUUUUCUAGAAUCAUACAAAAGUUUGUACAAACUAGCAAAGGAUAUCGUUGGCGCAUUGAAAGGGCGAGAUUUGAACAGCAAAGCGUAUAAUGCUGAAACGGAGAAGCUGCUCGAUGAGCUGAACCUGUGCAAAAGCGGUUUCAAUUCGCUGUUCGAAGACACCUGGCACACUCUGAUGGGAUUUGAAAUGCAGCUAUUUGAACGGACGGAGGAAGGAAAUUCAACAUUUGAAAAUACUAUCAAAGAAAUGACGAAUGAGUUCAUCGAGAUGGCCCAGGGUCAGUUUGUGCUGUUGCGCGAGGCUGAGAUAAAUUUUAGCGAUGCUUUGGUCGAUACGGUUCAGCAGUUUGUAACGUUUAAGGCGGCUUCUGGGCAAGCGGAUCAGUUGCCCGACGCGCUGAAGGAGUCCUUAGACGACAAGGACGUUAUCAGCAACAUGGCAGCGGGUAUGCGCGACCAGCAUAUGCAGCAAAUCGAUGCACGGGAAGAUAAACUUAUUACUCGCAGUCGUAACUGGGUCAAAGAGCUAUGCGAUGAUCUUCAAAACUCCGAAAUCAAACGUAACAGAGCUAAAGUGCUGGAAAUUACAUACUUCUUGGAUCAACAUCGUCAGUCUUUCAUGAGUGCUUUAGAUGAGGUGGCAAACAAAUUGGAAGUGUAGUGUUGAUGAAAGUUCAAAUGUAAGCUACUAGUAUUGAGGUGUUUUGCAUAUAUUUUGAUUAAUAAUCACGAAAGAGUUGGUUUGAUUGUUCAUUUAAUAAAGAUGUAUUUCAUA